GACAGAAUGUUAUCAUUAUUAUUAUAGAAGAGAAGAAAAUUUUAUUCGAAAUUCUGAUUUAACUUGUGUAUGAGUUUUCAUUCUAUCGUUGCUUUCGAUUGAACAACAAACAACAGAUAUCAUCAUCUUCGACCUUCGAAUUUAUCUAAAACUUUCUUUCAACAAUUAAUCUCAAUCAUUCAAACUAAAUACGAUCGUUUAACAUUCACCUUGUUAUCAAUAAACAUCAGAACAGUUCAAAAGUCAUAUUGUAAGUCACGAAAAUCUGUUGAAAGUGAUUAUCAACUAAUCACAAUCGAACAUUAAUCAAUCUCGAUUACAAUCAAUUGUGCAAAGUUGAUCAAAAGAUAACUUUGGACAUUUUGCUUUCGAGUAAAAUUUCAUUCUCUUUCCAUUGAUUAUCGUUGGAAAUUUGGAACUAUCAACUGGUGACAAUUAAAACUGAACUAAAUGAUGCCAGGACAUUUGCCUUCUCUUGGUCGAUUGGGUUCAACUCAUUCAGAGGGUAAAAUGAACUUUCACCUGAAAAUCGUUGUUCUUGGUUCACCUCGAGUUGGUAAAACGGCGAUUGUCAGUCAAUUCCUUUACUCUCAUUUCCCGGAGACUUACAAUGCCACCGUUGAUGAAUUACACCGAGCAGAAUAUGAGAUUAAAGGUUUCGGUGAUUUGGUUCUUGACAUUUUGGAUACUUCGGGUUCUCAUGAAUUUCCAGCCAUGAAAAAACUCGCCAUUGAAAGCGGUGAUGCAUUUCUACUUGUCUUCUCAUUAACAGAUCCAAAUUCAUUUGAAGAGGUUCGACAACUUCGUGAAGAAAUAAUCGAAACAAAAACCUGUGCAGCGAAAGCCAAAGCCGAAGCAGCCGCAGCCGCAGCGGCAAAAGUGUACAGUCCAAUUUAUAAUCCACAGCAACAACAUUCUGGUUAUACUUUUGGUAAUUCACAUCAUCACGAUUACGAUCAUACCUUUAGCUACACGAACAAUAAUAUGAACAGAGGUCGACAUCAUAGUAUUAAUCCGAUAAUCGCAAGUUAUCAGGGGACUCAUCAUUAUCCACCAAGUGAUAGAUUAGAUAAUCAGUUUAACAAUAGUCUUGAUACUAAUAAAAAUAAUAAUAGUCUAAUUAGUGGUAUCGAUUCUAUUGAUAUCAAUAAUAACAAUCUUGGUGCUGGAGGAGGAGGAGGAGGAGGAAGUGGCAUUGGUGGUGGGAAUGGAACUGGCAGUGGAAAUCGUGAUAAAGUUAAUCCCUUAUAUGAUUCCGGAUACAUUGAGCCAAUUAAAUCACCUCCCAUUGUGGUUGCUGGUAAUAAAAGUGAUCUUGAUUCCAUGAGAUUAAUUAAAAAGGAAUUAGCAGAAACCAUAGUUAACAUUGAUUGGGAAAAUGGUUACGUUGAAUCUUCAGCAAAAGAUGAUUAUAAUAUCAAUUCAAUAUUCCAACAGCUGAUGGUUCAGAUCGGUGUGCCUUACAAGAUCGGCCAUGUUAUCGGUAAUCCAAAGAUAAGGAGGAAAUCCCUUCCCGCUUAUCCCACAAGUCCAGCCAUUCGUGACAGAGUCACACCAAAGCGAAACAGUUGUGCCGUUUCAUAGAUUUUCAACAAGAAUCGAAAUAACAAAAAGCAAGAGAAAACAACUGCAACGAUCUUUGAUCUGGAAAAAAUAAAAUUUCGAGAAAAAAAAACGGAUCAAAAGGCCACGAAAAUCGAACCAAGAAGAAAAAAGAAGAAAGAAUAAAAUCAAAAUUAGCGCACUUUUUUUUCGAGCUUCACUUUUUCAACAUUAGAUGGAGUUGAGAUUCGAAUUUAGUUUUAAUCAAUAGAUGGCGUUUGGAGCAAGUUAAUUGUUCAGAAUGAGUUUGAUUGUUAUUUGGAUAAAUUGUUGUAGUUUAAUUGUGAGAAAAGUUUGAAAACUGAUUAGUAAGAAAAAGUUAAUUUGAUACAAUGAGAAGUUUAUUUUUUUUUCUCUCAUCUUUACUCUUUCUUUUAAAUUUAUUAUUCUUAUUCCCUCUUGAUGAUCAUCUCUUCCUAUUAUAUUGAUCAAUUAGAUUGAUUUACAAUUAGAGUUGCAAGUGUGAAUUCAGAAUGAAUUGUUCAAUUGUUCAGAAUGUAAAUAUAAACAAUUAAAUUAUAAUCUCGAAAGUUAAUCUAAUCCAUAUGAUCAACAUUGUAAAACUUUUGCUCAUCAUUUAGAUGAAGAAAACAUCAAAAAUAUAACACAGACUAAGAAACGAAAUCUUAAUUUUCCAAACAACAAUUAAAAUUGAGCCAAAAAUACUCAUUAAAUUUUCACUAUUUUACCAGCAAUUAACUUGAUCAACAAUAUAAGUAAACCUUAAAGAAAACUUUAAACAUCGAUCAUU